UGACUGGGGUCAAAUUCAAGCCAUGCAGGUUGUAAGAAGCGUGAGGUCUUGGAUUCCGCGGUCAUGGACUCAGCCCCUGACGACCAGAGUUGUCCCCGGUGUCCCAGCCCGGACCAUCCACACGGGCACCCAAGAGAUGCAAGACGCGGCAGCCAAACAGGAAUUUGAGAAGGAGCCUCUGAGUCACAGCAGAUUCAGCGUUUUCCCUCCAGUUCCAGGAGAAGAGAGCUCUCUGCAAUGGGCAGGGAAGAAAUUUGAAGAGAUCCCAAUUGCACAUAUUAAAGCCACCUACAACAACACACAGAUCCAGGUGGUCUCCUCCACCAGCGUGCCCCUGGCCCGAACUUCCUGCGGCACGGAAGGCUUUCGGAACGCCAAGAAGGGCACGGGCAUCGCAGCGCAGACGGCAGGCAUAGCCGCAGCGGCGAAAGCUACUGUAAAGGGCGUGACCCACAUCCGAGUUGUAGUGAAAGGCCUGGGCCCCGGGCGCUGGUCUGCCAUCAAGGGCCUGACCAUGGGCGGCCUGGAAGUGAUCUCAAUCACAGACAACACCCCUCACCCGCACAACGGCUGCCGCCCCAGGAAGGCCCGGAGGCUGUGAUGGGAAGGAAACCUGCCCUGGAACCCGACCUCCGCUGGACCUCUCGGAAAGCUCACUGGCAGAGCUCCCCCCACAAAAGGGCUCCCUGGAUCCCUGUGCGCUCUCUGAAGGCCCUGCUCACUGCAGCCUUUGCCCGCACCCCAGCAGGGAAGGAUGUGCCCCACGAGCCACGCUGUGCCUCUAGAUGCAAAGGGAGCUGUGGGGACAGCAGGAGCCCAGCUCCGGCCUCUGCUCCGUAGAAAUAAAGAGUUCUUUGACUGUA